AUGCCCGGCUGCAUGCCCUUUUGUGUGUGUAUAGUUGGCUGUUCACUCCUGUGCUCGAUUAAUGCUGCGGUUGUUCCGCUUGAAGGAAACGUUAAUGGCUUACGUUCAAAUGGCUCAGAUAACCUAUCUUCGGAUUCUAAUUACCAGGGGUUUCUUCAUGCAUUUCUUGCGUCCAUUUACGUGAUUCUUAUUUCUGAACUUGGUGACAAGACGUUUUUUAUCGCUGCCAUCUUAUCCGUUGAGCAUCCAAGAUCAGUUGUUUAUGCUGGGGCCAUGCUUGCAUUGAUUACAAUGACAGUCUUGUCGGCUCUCCUCGGUUUCGCCACUGACGUACUUCCUCGCGUUUACACAUAUUACAUGUCUGGCUUCGUUUUCAUGAUAUUCGGCAUUAAGAUGCUUAGAGAUGCAUAUUAUAUGAGUCCCGAUAAUGCGAAGGACGAAUUUAAUGAAGUGGAACAAGAGCUUUCUGCAAACGACAAUAGGGAGCCGACGAGCUGCAUUAGACUUCGGUUUAUUUUACGUAGAUUUCUUUCUCCUGUAUUUGCCGAGACAUUCAUAAUGACAUUCUUGGCAGAGUGGGGCGACAGGUCUCAGAUUACUACCAUUGUUUUGGCAGCACGUGAGAAUGUAAUGGGCGUGAUCGUCGGUGGCGUACUUGGACAUGGACUGUGUACAGGUCUAGCUGUUCUCACUGGUCGUCUUGUAGCCCAACGCAUUCCUGUCAAGUGGCGUAAGUAUUAUUUUUUAUUGUUUCCCUUCGGGUGA